AUGGGGGCGGGCGACGACGUGGUGCGGGCGCAGCAGCGGGCGGACUCGACGAUCAACGGGGUGGUGAUCGGGCUGGUGAGCUCGUUCGGCAGCGCCCUGCUGAUCGGCCUGAUCUUCCUGGUGGUGUACUUCUUCCGCUACACGAGCAGCGGGCGCAUCCUGCUGGACCGGCUGGGGCGGCCGGGCGAGUACGAUGACGAGCAGGCGUUUGCGAGGGAGGAGGCCGAGGCCCUCGAGGAGAUGGAUGACCUGCAGAGGACCGAGUACUUUAGAGCCAAAGCAUUCGUCCAGGCCAAUCCGCCCGACUCGUUACCGACCGAUAUUUCCCUGUCACAGUACCUAGCGAUUCAAGAGAAGGGCGUCUCGGCGUGGGAGUUCGAGCCGGAGCUCGAGAUUGCGAAUUGUUUUGUGGAGGGGCGUACGGAGAUUGAGUUUUUUGAUUCGGAAUGUUCUGUUCUCAGCAACCUACCGCUCCCCAAGCAGAAUGAAGUCUACUACUGGGAGUCGAAGAUCUACGAUAAGCCCGAGUCCACGCUGAUCAGCAUCGGGGUCGCUACGAAGCCAUAUCCUCUGUUCAGAUUACCUGGCUGGCAUAAGUAUUCCGUGGCGUAUAUCUCUUCUGGGCAUCGAAGAUAUAAUCAACCCUUCAACGGCCCAGCAUACGGGCCACAGUUCGUACAGGGGGAUGUUAUCGGUGUUGGAUACCGACCCCGAACCGGCACGAUAUUCUUCACACGGAACGGCAAGAAGUUAGAAGAUGUAGCUCACGGUCUCAAGUCCCAGAAUCUCUUCCCAGCAGUGGGUGCCAAUGGGCCCUGCACCGUCCACGUUAAUUUCGGACAAUCAGGCUUCGUCUUCAUUGAAGCAAACGUCAAGAAGUGGGGGCUAGCACCUAUGACGGGCAGUCUCGCUCCCCCUCCCCCCUACGGGAGCGAACAAGGCAGUAUCCUCUUAGAAGCAGGCCGCGAAGGGGCUCCGAGCAGUCAUGGCAACUACCCCGACAUGAGGCACGGCCGCACACGCAGCGGCAACUUCAGAAACCACCCCCCUACGAGUCCCGGCCCCGUCCGCUCCCCGACCGACAUCUCCCUCGCCCACCUCGCCCACAUCCCGUCCAACGAAGAGUUCGGCGAGUCGAGCAGCGCUGCUGCGGCUGCUGAAGCAGUCUCCCACAUGGGCCUCAGGAUCCAGGACCACACGCAGCCACCACCAGGAUAUACGAGCCCGCGGCACUCAGACGACGGCCACGAGACCAACGAGACUGCAGCCCUAAUCCCCCGCCGAACCACCCCGCCUCCCAUCCCCAGCUACAGCGAUGCCGUAGCCGCAGACCGCGCACGCGAGCGUAGCAACAGCCAAGGAGCGCACGACGACGAAGGGUCCCACUCAUGA